ACCGAGACAACCACAACACACAGCCAACACUCGACGCACCAAACCACCACAGACGCCACAGCACCAGAGCAACCAAACACACACACAGUACCAGGACUUCCUACCACAGCAUCAAUAUCAUAACUAUUACAGUUUACCAGCCCCCAACAAUAAGGUCACAAUGAUUACAAGUACCCCAAAGACAUCGAGCCGCCCAUCAUCAUCAUCAACAGCACCACAGCAGCAGCAACAGACCCCUAACGCAGCAGGGAACGACCUCAACGCCACACUCUUUCCUUGGCUGCAUUCCGACUCGAGCCUGAAUUUGUCCUAUCAGGGGAGUGCCUACAACGACCUCAGUGGCGAUGGCAGUAUUGUAGACCACGAGGAGGUUGUGACCACGAGCUGUGACGAUGAAAUAAAAGCCGAGGAGAAGAAAAUGGGUGCUGAGGGAGGUGCUAAAAGAGGCUUCAAUAUGGAGUGUAAUGGUUAUGAUGCCACAGAAUAUAUGCAGUGUGCUGGAAACAGGGGAUACGGUAACUGUGUAGACUAUGGUGGUGGUGACAGUGUUAACGAAGGUGAUGGGCUAGGGGAUUCUGCUGGUAACGGUGGGAGUGAAGAGGUGGACCUUUUCUCUGCUAUCAGCCCCACCUAUGACACUAAUGCAUUCGAUAAGACGGGGACUCAGCACUUCACCCCGCAGAACACCAACUCUCUCGGGCAGGUCAUCUCUUCGGCUGAUGAGAAGGAUAAUCAUCAGCUGCUGAACUACGACUCCAGCAGCUCAGAUGACUUUCCCGACCCAUCCACCACCUCCCUGGGCGCUGCACCUCUAUCAUCACUACCUUUGGCACCGCCGCCGCCGCCAGCUCCAGCGCCAUCUUCAGCCGUGAGUGGGAGCGAGUGGGUGAUGAUGAACAACGAACACAGACAAGGAAACACCAUCACGAGAACCUUAAACAAACCACCCGCCAACACACAACUCAUCCAACACCACCAGAACAUCACCCAAUAUGCCGCCAACACCAGCACUGCAGCAGGGCGCCAGCAGGAGGUAGGACCCAUGAAAUCCCGGACAGUGGUGGUGGCUGCAGUGGCGCCCUCAACCCUCAUUCCCUCAUACAGACCCGAAGCCGCAACCCCUAACGUCAGGAUAACACCUUGGAGGUCCAUGAUGCCCCCGGAGAGACGCCCAGUGGGUAAAGGAAAGGGGAAGAACAAGGGAGCCACUGGGGUAAAGGAUAACAAAAUGAUAAUGAACCCAACUCACACCCUUGCAGAACACCAGCUCGCUCACUCCUCCACAGCCUUCCAUAGUACAACCCAAGACAUGAGGGUCCCCUUAGAUGCCCCCCACAACAUAUCGACACCUCAGGGAAACUUCAGCUUUCAGACCCCAGUGGGAGGAUCGAAGAGGAAGCUUGAGGAUGAGGAGGGGAGGGAUGGGUCUGUGAGGGUCAAGCGGUUUCUAGUGCCCUUCCCGACCCCUGCACCCAAGCUCGUUCUGUUUAAUUCCAGUAAGGGGAAGCUCCGCGCCAAUCUGUCUGUUACCGUGUGAUGAUGAUGAUGGUAAUGGUAAUGGUGGUGGUGUGGAUGGUUGUAUGGGAGAGAGUGAUGAUGUUGAUGGUGAUGGGGAAGUGCUGUAUAUGAUAGUGAUGGAACAUUGUAAGGCGAGGGUGGUGGUGAUGACGACGAUGAUGAUGGAUAGUGAAAAUGGUAAUGCUGCUGCUGAUGAUGAUGGUGAAAGUGUUGGUCGGUGAAAAUGGUAUUGUGGAUGAUGAUAAUGAUGAUGAUGAUGAAAAAGUGGUGGUGAUGGUGGCGAUGGUUUUUAUGGGCAGUAGUGGUGAAUGUUGUGGUGGUGAUGGUGAUGGAAUUAGUGGGGAAGGUGGUGGUGAUGGUUAGGGUGAUGUAGGUGAGUGAUGAAUACAGUGAGUGAGUGUGAUGGAGUUAUGUUCUUUUAACGGUAGGGAUGGUAAUGUAAUGGUGAUUCUCUCUCUCUCUCUCUCUCUCUCUCUCUCUCUCUCUCUCUCUCUCUCUCUCUCUCUCUCUCUCUCUUUUUUCUGACCGCAAAAUUAAAGGUAAAUUUAUGUCAAUGAUUUUAUUUGUUUCAGGAAUUCCACAGAUUUGAUUCCUACUUUAACAUAUUUUUUUUCCUGUUUAUAUUCGUUCAUUAAUCAGUUUACUUAUUUAUUCAAUGAUCAGUACUUACACUUUCUUAUUUAUUCAGUGAUCACUUAUGUUUUCUGAUGGUUAUAUUGUUAUGCAGGAAAUUCAUGGCGCUAUCUUUUCUUCAUUUUAGUUUAGUAUAAAUAGGAAGUGUAUGAAUGGAUAGGCAGAGGUAUACCUAAAUGAAUGUAUGGUGUGUGUGUGUGUGUGUGUGUGUGUGUGUGUGUGUGUGUGUGUGUGUGUGUGUGUAAUAGUUUUUUUCAUUGUAAUAUCUUUUUUUUUUUUUUUUUACCUAAUAACCACAGCAAGAUGACGCAGACUACAUGUAAUUAGAAAUACAGGUAGUAAUUAGAAAUACAAGUUGAAGUAAAUUUAUGUUCAUUAAACGAGGAAGUAUUAUUAUAAUAGGAUAGGAGUAAGAUUAAAACAAUACAAAUAUGAGUGUUUUUGGAAAUUACUUUUGAUAACAGUAGAGUCGUGG